AGAAAGUAAGUCAUUUAAGUAUUCGAGCUCACGCGUUGAAAACAAAAGUGCCAAACUAACGGACUACGACACAAGUAUUAACGGUUUUAGUGUACCACAAGAUUAACGAAGCAAUCACAGUGUACUCAUACUUGCAUGCAAAUAGCAUAAAGCAAUUGAAGAAACGACAAAAGUGAGAAUUUGUGCUUGUUUGGUUUGUUGAAAAGUUCAAGAAUUCAAGAAUAAAAAUAUAUAAACAAUCGAAUAAACGUGCUUUACAAGCAAAAACAAUACGUUUUCCGGUUCUUUGUAGACCCAAAAGCGCUCCAAGGAACGGAAAAAGCCACACUUUAGCAAGCAUUUGUGGAUACGCAGCCCUUUGUUAGCCCGAAAAUUUGGAAUAAAUCACGAAUAACAAUGCACUUACGACUUAUUCUGCUAGUCUCUGCAGCUUGCCUUAUGGGCAGCGCUUAUUCUGCGGCCAGUAGUGAUGUGAUCGCCUCGGCAACUACCGCUAAACCGCAAGGUUUCGCUGCACGCUCCAUUGAAGCGACCGAUGAAGAGGAUGAAUUUGAGUCGCAAGCGCAGACGCAUUUAGCUUACCGACAACAACAGCAGCCACAACAAAUACAACAGCGUCAAUUAUACGACUACAGUCAAUCGGAGGAGGAUCAGGAGGAGGCGCCACGACAAAUCUAUCAAAGUCGAAAUGUGAAACAGCAGAGUAAUUACUUGAAGCAGAAUAAGAAACCAACUAGCGAGGAGGAAAGCGAAGAGGAGCCAGAGGAGGAGCCGGACAGACUGUCACAAUUGCUGGCUAAGUCAUCGUUCAAUUGCAAUACGAAAAACUCAGGCUACUACGCCGAUGAGUCGCUCAACUGUGAAGUUUUCCAUUACUGCCAAGACAAUCAACGUCAUUCCUGGAUCUGCCCGGAAGGCUUCACUUUCCAUCAAAUCCAUUUGAUCUGUAUGCCGCCAUCGCAUGACAACAUCUGCCAACAAUCGUCGAAAUACCACAUUGUCAACGAUUACCUCUACAAGCCAAUCAAUCUGCAGGAACACCAAAGUAAACCAAAUGUAACGCUGCGCUACUCAGAACGCUACUAUCCUGAAAACUACUAUGAAAACGAGCGCUACGAGGAUGAAGAGGAGGCACCACGUCAACGUGUGAAUCACCAGCGUCAACCCGUUCAAGUGGGCUUCCAACAGCAGCAGCAGCAACAACAACAGCAACAACCCAUCUACCAACAGCCCCGUCAACAAGUGCAACAGGUACGCCAUCAACCCGUCCAUCAGCAGUCACAGCCUCAGCAACAGCAAACAACCGCUUACCGCAAAACAGGCACCGCAACAACAAAUCAACCACAACCGCAACAACAGCUCAUUCAACCAGUACAACAACACCCCGUACAACAACGUCCCAUUGCACAAACGAUCGCUCCGCUAGUUACACCGAGCCCUUACAGAUUCUUCACAGCUGCAUCUCCCCUGCAACAUGCCGUGCCACAGCCACAAGUAUACCGCACACCCGAGGAGAUUAACAUUUCGCUAUUGCAGCGCCGCCCACAACUCUUUGUCGCCACUUCGACGCCGCGGUACUACGAGGACGAUUACUUAUACGAGCGUAGAAAGUGAAAUUGGUCAAUUUAAAUUGCAUUUGUCUUAAACUGUCGUCUCUCCCCUCUUUCUCUUGCUUGCAGUAAUGCUAUCAUAUUUAUCUUGUACAGCAAUUGCAUUAUGAAUUGUAUUCUAGCUUUAAAUAUUAAGUCUAACGAAUUGUAAACAAUCUUUAUUUUUUACACUUUCUUAGUUAUUUACUGUUGUAACAUCUAUGUAUAUGCAUACAUGUAACGAAUUCGAAAGUAGUCCCGAAAAUCGAAUUAUAUGUGUACCUUAAUAUGAAUGGUUAUUUGUACUUUUGUAAACAUAAAUUAAAUUAAAUAUGUGAAAAUACUAA